CAGGCGUGUGCCUAUCGUGCACUAGUUUCUGAGCAUCACUUUGCCCAAGGUGACAUGCAAGGGACAACCAUGGACGCGGUUCAGGGCUCAUAAAAUCACGAAUCAGGUUUCACUGCCCCAGUCUAAGCACUAAGGUGCGGGUAGAGCUUUGUCCUUGCGCCUGGGCAGGUACCCGAACAAGCCCCAGAGAGACCCCGGUCCGCCGAGCCUUCGACUACUCUAUGCCCAAGCAACUAGAACCGUCUAGUGUCUCUAUAAGAGCUCGCUUAAGCAGCACCUAAGCAAGUAAUUUGCGAGGCGGACAGCUCGUGGGAUCGUGCGCAGACAUGGGAGACUCCCUGACGAUUGCGCGUUCGCGUACGGUCCCAAUGCGCGAUUAACUCCAUGUCGAUGUGCAGCUCGAGCUGUAUCGUAAAGCGUGGCCGCACGCUCUGAUCGCAUUCGAGUCGUUCAGCGUCUGGACUUCAAGAUGCUGGCCAAAGCCUUCGUUGCAGCUCUAUCGCUCGUAGCGUCUGUUAACGCGAUUCCCAGCAGUCAUCUCAAAUUCCAUCAACGUCGAGCGAUCGAUAAUGCCACGGACUACGAAUAUGUAAUCAUCGGUUCAGGGCCAGGAGGAGGUCCGCUCGCGUCUCGGCUUGCUAUUGCUGGGCACAAGGUCUUGCUCAUCGAAGCUGGUGGCGACUAUGGCGACAAUUACAACCAGUCGGUUCCGACUUACAGUUUGAAGUCUGCCGAAGAUGACUCAAUCAAAUGGGACUAUUGGGUCAGGCAUUAUGAGGACUUGGAGAGGCAACAGAAAGAUACCAAGAUGACAUACAGGAACCCGGAUGGGUCGCUUUAUGUUGGGUUGUAUCCUCCGGAAGGAGCAGAGCCGCUUGGUAUCUUGUACCCUCGAACGGGCGCGCUUGGAGGCUGCUCUGAGCAUCAUGCGUUGAUUACAACGUACCCAUGGCGUGCUGACUGGACAUACAUCCAGCAGCUCACUGGAGACGAUUCUUGGGGACCCGAUGAGAUGCGUCAGCAUUUUGUGAAACUUGAGAAAGCUCAAUAUCCAGUGGGCGCGGGACAUGGCACUGAUGGUUGGCUCCGGACCAGUUUGACCAACUUACUGCUUGUGGCCCAGGACUUCAAGGUGCUCUCUAUCGUACUGUCGGCGGCCGCAGCCAUGGGCAAGGAUGGUCUCCUAAGCAGUCUCCUAAGUACAGUCACUUCGCUCACCAACGUUCUUCUUACCGACGUGAAUGCCAAUACGGACCCCGAGGAGAACAUUUAUCAAGUUCCACUCUCGAUUGACGCUGACACCUCCAAGCGCAGCGGUACCCGCGCAUUCAUCCUCGACACUGCCAACGCCAAGAACGACGAUGGGAGCCGCAAAUAUCACCUUGACAUCGCUCUGCACACUUUGGCCACCAAGAUCCGCUUUGAUGAGAGUGGUGACGUGCCAAAAGCAAUCGGCGUCGAAUAUCUCUCAGGCGAGCGUCUCUACAAGGCAGACCCGUAUCCUUCUGCGUCCGAUGGCACAGCUGGAUACGUGGCCGCAAGCAAGGAUGUGAUCAUCUCUGGUGGUAGCUUCAACACUCCACAGCUUCUUAAACUCAGCGGCAUUGGCCCCAAGGAUGAACUCGACCAGUUCGGGAUCAAAGUCAUCAAAGAUGCUCCUGGGGUCGGCAGUAACAUGCAAGAUCGCUACGAAGCCGCUAUCGUCGCCGAAACAGCCGAGAAGUUCCCCAUCUCCGCCGAUUGCACUUUCGGGUACGACGGGCAAGCAGAUCCAUGCCUCGAGAAGUGGAUCAACGGGAAGAGUGUUCUCGACAGAGGUCCAUACACGACUAGCGGAGCAGCUGUAGGAGUAGUGCUGAAGACCUCCGUUGCUCAAGAUCACCCAGAUAUCUUCAUCAUCGGCACACCUGGUGUGUUCAACGGCUUCUAUCCCGGCUUUGCAUACGACAGCGUCAAGAGCGGAAAGAAAUGGUCGUGGCUAGCACUCAAAGCGCAGCCCCAAAACAACGCCGGGACAGUCAAACUCCGAUCUACAGAUCCUCGCGACGUACCUGAAAUUCUCUUCCGAUCGCUGGACACAGGUAACACGACCGGCGGCGGUGAUGAACGAGACCUGCAAGCACUCUACGAGGGCCUUCUCUGGGGGCGCGAAGCUUUCGAUAAACUGAUUCCUCUCGACGGAACUUUCACUGAGGCAAACCCUGGUCGCAACGUGAGCUCGGAGGCGGAUCUGAAAGAGUAUAUCAAGAAUGAGCUAUGGGGACAUCAUGCUUGCUGCACCGCUGCCAUUGGCCCCGACGGCGAUCCCAAUGCUGUUCUCGACUCCAAUUUUAAGGUACGAGGUGUCGAAGGUCUGAGGGUUGUGGAUGCUUCGAUAUUCCCAAAGAUACCGGGCACGUUCAUUUCGUUGCCGAUCUAUAUGAUCAGUGAAAAAGCUGCUGAGGCGAUUAUCAAUGGCGAUUAGGAAGUGGCGCCGAGGAUUCAGUCAUGCGAGGGAUUCUUCCCUUCCUUGAAGCAUUGGCAAGAACAUUGCAGUAGGUCCAAGAUUCAUGUGUAUAAUAUCUCUCUGUACGAUUUCGCAGAACCGGUGACUAUACAUAGCAGAGAUUGUAUCAUCAUAGCAUGAAU